CCGUCAAAGUCAUAUCAGUCAGCAGACAUACACCCGACCUCCAGCUACCAAUCUUCACUUCAGGGACCGUCGCGCUAAUUUGGAGUUGUGUGAUGCAAUGGGCUAUAUCCAAAAGCUUGUUUCCCCGGGUGACAGAGGCAAAAUGAGUCACAAGCUAAAUUUUAGUUGAUGCUCAGUUUGGCCACACCGACUUGUGCGUCUAUUUUGGUAUCUUCUGAGCUGGCUAUCAGGACCCCGGCCACACCAGUGCAUUUGGACAUGGAUCUGAGGGCUUGACUCACUUUGCAGGUGAUUCUGCAUUGGAGUCUACACUGAGGAUUUUUGUUUGAUACUACAGUCUAGAGUGGGCUGUUACACUCAGCAUGAAAGACCCAUCACCAAGGAAGUAAACACAUCCCACCACUUCCUCAACCUGGGCUGGACGAAAACCAACGGAGCUGCAGAGCUGCAGGAGCUGUAGAGGGGGCAAGACAGGUGAUGCACGAGACAGAAAGAGAGUUGUUGACAUCAUGACCUGUGUGGAAAAGCGACACAUGAGCCAUCGGGUGGGGAGCAUGCUCCAUCAUCGCUUCCCCAACGGCUUCACCGACUUGUUGAUGGACGAGACCGAUCGCGAGGUCAGCACUCUCACCGAUCGGGCCUUCCGAAGUCUCUGCGUCGGAGAUGAUGCAGCCUACAAUGACGAGUUCUCAUAUGGAUACUCGCCUUUCAACUGCCACAAACCUUUGGUGGGGGAGCCUCUUAAAAAGACUCAUCAUAAGGAGUCUAAAAAGCAAGGGCAAAACAAAACAGACAAAAACUAUGCCCAGCAACAACAUAAGAAUAUAUCCCACAUAUCGUCUUUCCUCAAGGCAUUAAGUGCUACAGAGAAAAGCUGUGAGGGGAUGUUAAUCAAAAAUGGAGGUAUGCCAGACACUAACGGGGAAUCAUGGGAUAAGUCUGCACUUCGCAGCAUCCAAAGAGAGCUAUCGGAUUUCUCCUCGGAUUAUCACACCAAUCUCACGGAUGGACAUUACGAGAACCGUCAUAGGCAUCGCUCGGUUGACGGUUCGUCAAACAAAGCAGGCAAAGAUGCUGCCCUUCCCUCUGAGAAAUUAUCAAAGAGCCAAAAUCGGAAAUCCACCGUCAAACUAAGGAAACUUAACAUUAAAAACUUUUUCCUCCACAGUGAGUUCAGUCCUUUCCAAUCAUGGAGAGAUUUUAAUCAGUUUCCCUUUGGUCAAGAGGAAACCUCUAUUCUCCCCACAGAUAAUAUCCCUAAAUGGUACGAUUUGCCUUUUUACAAGGAGCUGACCGAGGCACACAGAAAAGAGACUCAGCAUACAGAGGAGGCACAGUCAUGCCAGAAGGCAGCCCCUCCUCUUACUGCUCCUAAACCCAUCCCUCCCCUUCCUCCCCCAAAGGUUCUGCCAAAGCCCAUAGCCACUCCGGCUGAUAAAAGGUGCUCAUCAGACGGAGGAGAUGGGAGUGCUGCCCCCUGGAGGCGCAACAGGUCCAGGGCAAAAAGUGUGAUUCCCGUCAAUCAGCCUGGGCUACCACCUCAGGAAAACAGUUCAAAAACUUUGGAUGAAAGUCUUUGGCUGCUCAAAAAGGAAGCUAGAUGUGUGGAGGUGAAAGCCGUUGAGGAAGUCAGCUCUUUGGCGUCAACUCCAUUCAGCAUCUGCCAGCUCAUGACUCCCCUCAUUCCCUCCAGACAACCGACAGAAACAUCGGAAAUCCUCCAAACUAUCCUCUCGCCCGCUGCUCUCGACCUCCCACAAAGACCACACUCUGAGGCCAAACUGACCCCUGAACCUCCAGUCAAGCGGGACAGCUACAAAUCACUCGCCUCGAGCAUCCUCUUCAACCUCAAAGACAACAGGAAAAGGGUGAAAAGCCGUUACAGCCCUCCGAAAUUCAAAACAUUAGAAGUGCCUGAGGGUGGCACCCAAUCUCCACAAUCAGAUCAUCUGAAAUAUCCACAAGCUGGCUCUGAGGGCUAUGCAUCUGGCUUAAGCACUCCGGCUAUUUUAAAAGAUGGACAUGCAGUUUGCAGUCCUGUUUUGGAAUCUAACAGCACCCCAACUGUUGCUCUUAUCAAGUAUGAUAGUGACAGACCUCUUUCAGGUGAUUAUUUGUUAUCAAAUCUCUUGCAACCCAAAAGAGACGCUGCAGGUAGUCUUGGUGAGGAGAAUCCCAUCUCCCCCUUCACGCCAUUAAAAAAGACCAAGAGUCCCAAGGCUAAAAAGCAAAACUACCCAUCUCUGAAUUUGUACAAGAAGGCCAGCCCAGUGGACAGUGAUAUGAAAUAUCUUCUAGUCCCUCCAAGUGAGGCAAAUGAAUUUUCACCACUCACGCUGAAUAAAGACCUCUCACCAUAUGCACUGCCAACAAACAACGGGCUUUCGCCAAGUAAUUUAAAUGUCAACAAAGAUCGUUCGCCCAUAAUUUCACCCCAUGCACUUGAGAAAGAGUGGUUGUCAUCUCAUGUAUCAGUAGGGAAAAGAGCACCAAAUGUACCAGACAAAGCAAAACGACUUGUGACAGACAUUAAAGAAAAAGACUUCAGCUCCAAGGAAAAAGAUACUUGUGGCCAACCCAUGAGUACAAUGGAUGUGAUCAGAGCAGCAAGGGACGCAAUUAGUGCAGCCAAAAAUAAAGCUUUAUCUGCAACUCAGUCAGAUAGCAUCAAUAAGCCAAUUUUAGACACAGAAGAACUGAGGGAGAAAGAAAUACAUAAGAAGGUUGCCCAUUCAAAAGAAAUGUUUGGCAGCAAGAGGGAUAGUUCAAUACCAGAAAACAACAAUGUUUUAUAUCAAAGUAGAAAUGAAGCAACCCUGGUAGACAAAAAAGGUAAGGUCAAGAAAGAGCCCCCGCCAGUUCCAAAGAGAAAUUUUGCUAAAUCUGAUAUUCAACUCUCUCUUGACAAAAAGCAGAAACAUAAUGAUGACAAGCUCACUAAUGGGGAUUCGGAGGAUGCAAAACUAAAUUUAUCACCAAAUGAAAAUGAAUCUGUCCAGAAACAGGCUAAACUCAAAUAUGUAUUCUCAGCCAGACAGAAUAAUUACAUAAAACAUCAGAGAUAUGCAGUGACGGAUGAUGAACAAGGAGAGGAGUUUCAGGACGGCGAUCUGAAUGUGAACGCAGGAAUGGAUGUGGAUAAGGAUAAGGAGACGAUGCCACUCAGAGAAAUGAGAGAUAGUGGGCAUAUCAUUAAUGAUUUGCAUGCUUUGAAAGAGCUGGAGAGAGCAAGGCUUGGCGAUCGUGUUCUGGAGAACGUGAAGAACAAAUUAGGUUUUCUUAACAUAGAUGAGGAGGCGAGGGCUAAGAAUGAUUUGAUCUCAAGGGAGCUAAGGAACAUUAAGAAGGGCAUGUUGUCUAUGAGAGGGAACACAACGGCUAAGAAAGAACUAUUUGCACAGAAAGAGAAGGACCAGAGCAAGCAGGAGACUUUCACAAAGAUAGAUGCCAACGUCAUAGUAAACAAAGCACUUAUAAAUGAUAAUUAUGACAGAGCCAAAAUGGCACUCGAAGAGAUCAUCUCAGACAGGCAGAAGAGAAAGAAUAAAUUCACAGAGCAGGAUGCAAAUCUAAUAUUUGAUGAGAACACUGAUGAAAGUUAUGUAACAAGGGUAGAGCAACGUCAAAACACCAUUAAAGAGUCUAUGACAGAGGCCAAGGAGAAACAAAAUGGCAGCACUCUUGCACUAAAAGAGAAAGAUUUAAAAGAGAGGUUAAGUGAUCUUAGAGACCACAAUCACAUGAGACAGAUCUUGUCACAAACUGAACCUCGACUUGGUGAGACUCACAGAUCAGGUGAUAGGUUAGCGUUACCUGGCAUGGACAAAACUGAUGAUCCAAGCUUUGAAUCAGAUGAGGUGAAUUUAAGAAACGUAGUGAGACAGAUUUCUGAAGAGAGCGGAGAGAAUCGGACGAACCAAAAUGAUGGCAAAAAGGGAGACGUUCCUCCCGUUCCUCCUAGGAGCAAAAAGGGAGGCAGUAGAAGAGAUGAAAGUGUUUCUAAGGAUACAGAUAGUUUGAAAUAUGUAGUAGAAGAGGAUAUCUUUAACAAAGAUGUAAAAUGUGAAAAUGACGAGGUACGCUUAAAAGAGAUGAGUAGUACAGGCUCAGGAAAACAACAAGUAUAUAGUGACCUGCCCACAACAGAAUCCAGUCAACAUGACACCAGUCCUGUGAAAGAGAGAUGGGAUGUGGUAAAUAAACCAAAUUCAAAAUCUAUUACAGUAACUGAUGGAGUUAUAUGUGAUUCUAUGUUACCUUCAAAAUACCCACAAUCUGAAAAUAGAUUGUGUUUAUCACCAGAGUUUAAAGGAAAUGACAAAAAGGCAAUUAACUUGCAAGCAGACAGGAGCCCCAUUAGGGAAGCCAUAUUUGAAAAUAGCAAUGUCAGGGCAAAGGAAACACCCAAGGUAAAGCGGAAGGCUCCUUUAAGACCAGACCAUUUAAACACACCAGAUGACAAUGUAACUAAUAAUUUAUUGUCAGAAGAAUCUAACAAAAUGAAUAGAGCUAUUGAGGAAAUAAAUGUGGGUGCAGAGGCUCUUGGUGAAACACACAGGGAUAUACUAUCACCCUUACUAUUGGUAAAUGGUAAAAGUGUCAAUCAGAGCCCACCUGACCAAGCCAGCUUGUCAUCAAAAUCCUCCUACUUCUCUGUGGAGAGUACUGUGAACAGAAAUACUGAGACAGAGUCAAAUGUUUACCACUCUCUGGAGAACUUGAUUGGAGAGGAGGAGGAGGUUGAUGAGGUGACGCGGAAUAGUUCACGAAACACAAAACAGGAUUCGGACAGGACGGAAGCUGAAUAUUAUUCUUUAAGUGACCAUGAAAGUGAGCCGGUGGUUGUUGAGCGACAGAUAAAAUCUCCCCAAAAAGAGACAGAAGUACCAUACAAGGACAGCAAAGAAAAGGAUAACACCACCUCAGAUCAAAGCGUGACUUAUGAUGUAAAUAAUCCAACACCAAUGUCACCUUCCAACACUUUCUCACAUAGUUUGGGGAUCCCUGCCUUAUUUAAAGUCAAAGACAUCACUUUGGGUAAUAAAUUGAUAAAGACUGUACAACCAUGGUCACCAAGAGAGAGUCUGAGCGGUUCAGAGAGGGGAGAGGAGUUAGAUCAAGUACAGGGAAAUCCAGAGCUCCCUGCGGCCAAUGAACCUGCCAGCAGAAGUAGCACACCUAUCCCAGAUGAAAUUUCCAAGCCUAACGAGAUUCCAUCGAAGAGUUCACCACCACUGCUGUUGUCUCCUUUGAAUCUGCAAAGUGAAAACCCAAAGAAACCACAAGCUGGAGGAUUCCUUACUGUCCCACAGGAGGAAGAUAGAUUGUCUGGGGUGAGUCCGUCAUCUGAAGGUGUGGAGAGUUUAACAACCAGCACAGCCGACACCGCUGAUGAGAUGGGAAAGACCGCUGAAGUGUCAAAGGUUCCCAGUGAACGGUCUGGGUCCACCUGCAGUGGUAAUGAAAGCCAAACAGGGCUGCCUAAACCACCAGUUGUCUUACCCAAAUCUGAAAAGGCUGUUCUCAAAGCCAUAAAGCUGGCAAAUAGAAGGAUGAAGAAGGAAGAGGCCCAGAAGUCCUCCCACAGGUCGUCUCAAAGCGGCAGCAAACACAGGGUGGAUAGACACAAGAGUGACAAACCUGAGCACAAAAGCAGCAGCAGUCGAAGUAGCGAGAGCAGUGAGAGAAAUCACAGAGAAAAGACAGAAGAUAGUCAUCGUCACAGUGAAAGUCACCAUGGCAAAACCAGUGAUGAUCAGAGUGAGCAAAUACCCUGUGAAGGAAGAGGCCACGGCAGUGAAAACCACAAUCACGACAGAACACACGUGCGCCACAAGACUCGGAGACAGAGCCAUGAUUCUGUGGUAAGCAGUACCGAGAACAAUGAGGCACUACCCAGUGUUGCAACAGGAAGGCAAGGCCGCAGCAGCAACAGACACAUUCGCGAUAAGCCAGAGCAAAGACCCUACAGUAGUGAUAGAGUCAUCAGUAAUGUACCUGUGUACAAAGCUCAGCUCAGCGAGAGACCCACGACGGACAGGCCAAUCAACCGAUCACAAAGCAUCGAUAGGUACUUGGGAGAUCAAGUGGAGCGCAGGCCCAGCGCCGAUAUGUCAGUGAAGGAGAAGCUUGAUCCGAGGACCCAGCGCAUUGAAAAAUCCAUCAUGGACGGGCUUCAGCAGAGAGGCAGAGCCAGAGAAAAGGCAAGCAUAGACACCCCAAUCAGAAGGAGUCACAGUAUUGAUUCGUACCCUAACCCUGACCCUUCAACCCUCUCCCGGCAGUCAAGCCACACCAGCCAGCUUUCUCGCCAGUCUAGCAUUGAGCACGCCAUCGUUACGCAGUCCUUUCCUAUGACCCAACGUAAGCUCCUCCAGGAUCCAGACUCUGGGCAGUACUUCUUUGUAGACAUGCCUGUACAAGUCAAGACGAAAACCUUCUUUGAUCCUGAAACAGGAAGCUAUGUGCAGCUGCCAGUCCAGCCGCCAGAGGGUGCUGUUCCUCAGGCAUCCCCCUUGGAAGUUUUGACCCAACCUCUGGUUGUUUACCACAGCUUUGUACCGGUGCCUCUGUCUCCCAUGGCUCAGAAGGCUCCUAUCCAAGCCUCUCAUAUGGAGCCAAGAUUGAGGCAAAUGCACUGUAAGGACGGACAUCCGUAUUUAGAGCCUGUCUAUGGUCAACACGACCACAUGUUAGGGGAGUUUCUAGGCACUGAGGAGGUGGACUGUCCAAGCUGAUAGGCUAUGAGGAUCGAAACGAAAUAAAAUUUACUUAUUUUGAACAGUGUGAGAGCAUUUCAGGUUGGAUUUUCCAUUCAAAGUUAAGCGUUUGAUCUUUUUAUUGCUUUACUUGCCUUAACAUGGGACAAAGAAGCUGCCCGGGCUUUGCAAAGCUACUCUUGAAUUGGUUUUGUGAGGAGGAAGGAGUUCAAAUUGAGUGUAAUUAAUUUGUGAAUCAAUGACAGUUGAAUGCUUUUGUUUGAAUGUGGGUUAAAUUAUAUGUGUAAGAUAAUGUGCAAUUUUUGAGAAAGAUAAGGGACAUGGGCGAUCCAUGUACAUAAUGUAUUUAAGUGUAAACAGAGCGGGUAAGCUUGAUUGUAAAUGUGGAAUAUUUAUUGUAAAUGCUGAGUUUGUUAUAUACAACGACAGUGGUAUUGGGUUCUCCACUGCUUUUUAGUUAUUGUUUUUUUCUUUUUUAUUACCUGCAAAGUUUUUGCGUUCAGAUUUCUUUUUUCACCAGACAGUUUGCAGUCACUUAAGUUGUCAUUAGAGAUACUUGAACACAGAUAGAACUUACUCAAAAAAUUGUCUUUUGUAUGCUAUUGACUUUAACUGAUCAUGUCCACACAACUUAACAUUAAAAACAUAUUGCAUGCUCAAGUUCAAAUUACGGUUACACUUAUUGUGUUUGAUACAAAAUCAUUUUCACUUUUAAUGCCUAAAAGCUUGAACUGGCAUUGUUGCAAUUAAUAUUUUUUAAUAUGCCGAGAUCAUGAAGGAGAAUUGGUUUUGUAAGUUUGUUGCGUUGGCAUUUCUCUAAACUAGAAUAAAGCAGGGCUGUAUUGUGUCUGUGAUCCAUUCCAAUAAAUAAAAAAAAACCUGUCGUUACAGA